AUGUUAGAAAUUGAAAGUAGAAAAGAUAAAACUAUUAAUAAUGUAAUUAAAUUUGUCAAGGCAGAAUGGCCCAGCACGAAAAACCUGUCAGAAGAAGAGAAAAUUUACUUUCAUAAAAGGUACGAAUUAACAGUAGAUACCAAUUGUUUAUUUUGGGGAAUGAGAGCGUGCAUUCCCGACAGCAUGCGGGCAAUCAUACUAAAAGAAUUACAUUCUUCUCACAUGGGAAUUGUCAAAAUUAAAACGUUUGCGAGAUCUUACGUCUGGUGGCCAGGCAUUGAUUCUGCUAUUGAAAAUUUAAUUAAUGAUUGCAACAUUUGCUCAGUACUUCGAAAAACCCCGGCAAAAACACCGUUAACUACUUGGCCUUGGCCACCAAAGGCGUGGAGUCGCAUUCAUUGCGAUUUUGCAGGUCCAUUUUUUAAUAAUAUGUACCUCAUUGUGAUAGACGCACACUCUAAAUGGCCUGAAGUAAUAAAUUUCAAAAAUAAUACAAAAACGUCGAAGGUCAUCGAAAAAUUCAAGACACUAUUUGCUAAUUACGGUUUACCUUUACACGUUCAUUUAGACAACGGGCCCCAGUUCAAAUACGGAUUGAAAGAUUGGCUAGAACAAAACGGAGUCCACCAUACCACACUGUACAACAGGACGCAGCCCGGCGUUCUUAAUGUUUGGGCGAGAACUGAGAACUCGUUUUGA